AUGACCGUUCAGCAGCUAAGUCUCAAUGGGAAUGGUGAGGUGGGCGAGAAUGUUCUCGCCAACGUGAAGACCAUCUUGGUCACUGGGGGGGCCGGCUUCAUUGGCGGCUGGUUUGUUCGACACAUGCUCCGCGUCUACGGGGAGAGAUACACGGUCAUCUGCUUCGACAUCCUCGACUACUGCGCGUCCAAGCGCAACAUCCACCCCGUUGAGCACAUGCCCAACUUUCACUUCGUCCAGGGCGACCUCUGCAACCCCCGCGACGUCAAGGCCGUCUUCCAGCAGUUCAAGGUGGAUGUCGUGGUGCACUUUGCCGCCAACUCCCACGUCGACCUCUCCUUCGUCGACCCCAUCUCCUUCACCCAGAGCAACGUCGUCGGCACCCAUGUGCUGCUCGAGGCGGCCCGGCACUGUGGCACGCUCCGCCGCUUCAUCCACGUCUCGACAGACGAGGUCUACGGGGAGAAUGAGCCCGGGCAGGACUUCGCCUUCACGGAGGAGGACCGCCUCAACCCGACCAACCCGUACUCGGCCAGCAAGGCGGCGGCCGAGAUGAUCGUCAACGCCUACCUCCGCUCCUUCCACAUGCCCAUCAUCAUUACCCGCUGCAACAAUGUCUUCGGGCCGUACCAGUACCCUGAAAAGCUCAUCCCCAAAUUCGCCACCCUCAUGUCCCACUCGAAACGCAUGACGCUGCAUGGCAACGGCACUACGAUGCGCGGCUUUGUCUUCGCCAGCGACGUGGCGCGCGCCUUCGAUCUCAUCAUGCACCGCGGGGCCGUGGCGGAGACGUACAACAUCUCCUCCAGCAAGCAGAUCCAAGUGCGAGACGUGGCGGACAAGAUCCUGCAGUGGUUCCACCCGGGGUACACGGGUCCGACGGAGCAGUACCUGGAAAUGGUGCAGGAUCGACCGUUCAACGACCGCAUGUACUGGACGGACGACUCCAAGCUCCGGGAGCUGGGGUGGAGUGAGCAGGCCUCCUUCGACGAUGCGUUAGCGGUCACCCUCCAGUGGUACCGCGAGUACGGCGAGGUCUUCUGGCCCAAGGCGGAGGCGGCCAUCGAGGCGAAUGGGCUUCCCAUCUGA